CUUAUCUAAUACUACUACAGUACUAGUAAUGUAGUGGUGAGAAGAUAAAGGUGAAACUAAGCCACUGUGGCGCUAUGACGACACACUUUUGGUGAAUCUUUUUUUAAGGAACCGAGGCACACGACUCGACUCGGACCUCCCGUUCCUCCAUCCCGCCCACGCUACGAGCAUACAAAUUGUUUCGUGGUCGGUUUCAAUCUGCCCUCCUACAACCUGAUUGACUUUUUGCUCUGGUCCAAAACUCUCAUUAAUCCCUUCACGAUCGUUCUCUUUCUUCCUCCUGCGCUGCGUGUGCGACCGUCGAGAUGACAUCUUUCCUUUCGCGCCUCUCUCCAGUCCCAGGCUUUCCGGCUUACACGGGACCAUACAAAGUCGGUACCAUCGAUGUCGAACUUCCAGUAUCUGAACUCGAGUCGCUAUCGCCUUGCCCCGAUGAGACAAUCGGUACAAUUCAAUAUCGAAUCUUCUAUCCCUGCGAGCCCGAAUCGAAAGGCAAAACGGUCAAUUGGGUACCUGCGCCGCAAAGACAGACAUUAGCCGCUUAUGGGAGGUUUCUGGGAGCUGGAAACAAAUUGGCAGAGUUCAUUUCGUGAGUACUGAGUGCCUGGCUUUCAGAUACAGAGAACACAAGAAACUGAUUCGAUGUUGUAGAUUCUUUCCUCGUAUCUUCCAUUACAUACAGAUUCCCGCGAGCAAGAAUGCGCCCCUCCUCUCCCCACCAACAACAAAUAACCGAUGGCCUGUAAUGAUAUUCUCCCAUGGACUCGGCGGAUCACGAAAUGCAUACUCUCACUUAGCGGGCUCCAUUGCUUCCCAUGGAAUGAUUGUUAUUGCUCCUGAACACCGCGACGGUUCUACAGUAAUCAGUUUUAUCCGCUCGGUCCCGUCCCCAACACCAACCUCCACGGAAGAAAAGAUCACGACUUCCAAACAAAAGAGAACCACAGAUUAUGUCCGCUUAGAGCACGUAUUCAAGCCGGAAGUCGAGGAGGGACGAAACAAACAACUUAAGAUUCGGCUAUGGGAGCUUGGAUUGGUUCACUCGAGCUUACUAGCACUGGACAAGGAAACUCCUCUCACAAACCUCAACACCUCCUCCACAUCACUCUCACCCUUCGCCUCAAAAAUGGACAUUCAUGAACCCGGAAAGAUAGCUUUUUCGGGUCAUAGUUUUGGUGCGGCAACCAUAACCCAACUCAUAAAAUCCACCUUCUACCAACCCGACUCUACCACCCCCUCAAGCUACAAACCCAUCUUUACACCCUCUUCCAACUCCCCAAUACGCCUCCAAAUUACCUCGCAAACCCCCGUAAUUCUCCUAGACGUCUGGAACCUCCCCCUCAGCGGUAACUCCGUCUCCUGGCUUUGGAACAAACCUUUCCCCUGCUACACACCUACCGGCCCGGGUGGUUCAGCGCUCCUGGCCAUUGAAUCCGAAGCCUUUUUCAAAUGGCGCGUCCACUUAAAGAUGACCAAACGUCUCCUCUCCCGCGACCCCUCCUCACUAGUUCCUCUACCGGCAGAACCAGAACGCGAGCAACCCCAUUUCUACUACGCGAAUACCUCCGCCCACCUCUCACAAUCCGAUUUUGGGAUGUUGUUCCCCUGGGUAACGAAACGCUUUCUUGCAAUUGAAGAACCCGAGCGAAUCAUGCGUCUUAACGUUCGUGCUAUCACACAGUUAUUGAGAGAUCGGGGAAUCGAAGUUAGCAAGACGAGUCAUGAGGAUAUGGAAUACGAGGAUCCUAAUGCGGAGGCUACGAAUAAGGAUGACAAGAUCUUCCGGAGGGGCUCGGUGAGAGGCUGGGAGUGGAUUAGUACGGAUAUCAGCGAGAUGAUGGAUAUUGAUGAGCAGGAGUCGAUGAGGAGUGGUGCUAUUGCAGACGUUAAGGGGGAUAAGGGAGCCAUGAAAGAAGCCAAGGAGACAGUUGAUGGAAUUGAGGUUUCUUAGAUGAGUGGGCGUCAACUCUGCGGGUCAGUGGAGUUUGGGUGUAGGUAUCGACACACGUCCUGGCCAUAUGCGACUUUCUGGCGUUCGAAGGUUUGUUUUUCAGGCCGUUGGCGGGCGUUUUAGAUAGGCAGGGAUUUCUGGUGUCUUUUGGAUCUGAGAAAGGGAUCUUGGCAUAAAGCAACACUUUUGAUAUCAGGGCUGGGGCGGGCAGUCUGAUUUAUUUACACAGAUAGAGAUGCGGAGGAAGAACGCACCUAACAACAUAGAAAGAAUGCAGAUAACAAGUAUUAGAAACUCAUAAACUAGAUAGGAG